CCCUCGCGGGGCGGCGGCGGUGGCAGCGGCGGCUGCAGCGGCGGGCCAGGCGGAGGAGAAGCCAGAGAAGAGUGGUGGGAGGCGCAGUGGGCGGCGGGCAGUGGCGUGAGAGCGGCUAAGAGACCCGAGGGGAGCCGGGCCAGGAGGCCGUCGCCGCAGCCAUGCAGGAAAUCAUCGCCAGCGUGGACCACAUCAAGUUCGACUUGGAGAUUGCGGUGGAGCAGCAGCUCGGGGCGCAGCCGCUGCCCUUCCCCGGCAUGGAUAAGUCGGGAGCUGCUGUGUGUGAAUUCUUUUUGAAAGCAGCCUGUGGCAAAGGAGGCAUGUGCCCAUUCCGCCACAUCAGCGGUGAGAAGACAGUCGUGUGCAAACACUGGCUGCGAGGGCUUUGCAAGAAAGGGGACCAGUGUGAGUUCUUGCAUGAGUACGACAUGACCAAGAUGCCUGAGUGCUACUUUUACUCCAAGUUUGGGGAGUGCAGCAACAAGGAGUGCCCCUUCCUGCACAUUGACCCCGAGUCCAAGAUCAAGGACUGCCCCUGGUACGACCGCGGCUUCUGUAAGCAUGGUCCCCUAUGCAGGCACCGGCACACUCGAAGGGUCAUCUGUGUGAAUUACCUCGUGGGAUUCUGCCCCGAGGGGCCGUCGUGUAAAUUCAUGCACCCUCGAUUUGAACUGCCCAUGGGAACCACUGAGCAGCCCCCACUGCCACAGCAGACGCAGCCUCCAACAAAGCAAAGUAACAAUCCGCCAUUACAAAGGUCGUCCUCCUUGAUCCAGUUAACGAGUCAGAACUCUUCUCCCAAUCAGCAGAGAGCCCCGCAGGUCAUUGGGGUCAUGCAGAGUCAAAACAGCAGCACAGGCAACCGGGGACCCCGGCCGCUGGAGCAGGUCACCUGUUACAAGUGUGGUGAAAAAGGACACUACGCCAACAGAUGCACCAAAGGGCACUUGGCUUUUCUCAGUGGACAGUGAGAGCAUAUGGCGCCACCAUGGAGCAGCCCAACAGGCCCUGCUGCUGGGAGUGUGCACCUGACUUCCCCAGUAUAGCAGCAGGCAGGACUCUGGCUGGAGCGCAGGCACAUGUGCAGAGGCUCACUCUAGGGGCUGUGCCUCCUAGUUUCUGAUCAUUUGCUGUAGUCUUUUUCUGAGAAGGGACAUGUGCUUCGGUGGGGUUCCCUGAGCCAGUGUCGUCAGCCUGGACAUCAGUGCCUCAUUUCUGGGACUCCGUGCACCCUCGCCCUCCAUGGGAGGGAGAGAUGGGAAGGACUGUGCUCCAUGGUACUGUGUGGAAGAUGGCUGGCCAUUUCCCCUCAGGGCCUUGUUAAACACCAGCUCCUGGCAAGGAUGGGUGGAUCAUGUGGAGCUGUGGUCAGGCCACACCUGCUUCCUCCAUGUCCUGCUGAAUCCUGAAGCUGUGCCUAUCAAUGUGAUUUGAACAGAUCCCUUCCUGGCAAAGUCGGGAGUACUCACUGCCUGGUUCCGCCCAGGUGGUGGCAGGUGAAAGGGGUGCCAGGCACUUGUCUGGGCUUGCUUUCUCGUGGGGCACCUUCAGCCAGAACUGCAGAUCACCCUUGAAGUAGCUGACCCAGUCCAUCUGUGCCUACCUCCUGCCAAGCAAGCUCUGCGUUGUCACUCACACCUGUGGCAUGCAGAGGCCGCCCAUCCUUGAGCCUAGAAAAUGUGAAUCCAUCACCUGCAACCUGCUGGGCAAGUGGGCCUAUCCAAGUUCAAUUAUAAGAAUGCUUUUUAUGAAUUGAUUAAAAAGCAAAAAGCUUUUUUUAA